AUGGCAACUGUAAAGAAAUAUCUUAGUAAAGGAAAAAAUAAAAAAUUCCCUAUUUUAGUGAAUAUUUAUGUAGUCACCCUUCUGAUUUGGACAUUACAAUGUUUUAAUAAUAAUUGUUUUUUCAAUAAGUCUUGUAAUGGUAAUGGCAACUACUACAAUGCAGAGGGAGCGUCGCUUAAUAGAGUCAAAAACAGAUGUUUAGGAGAACGUGGAAGUUUCUUUGGCCCCGAAAUGGAGGUGCUAAAAGACACAGUUGUAAAUUACCUUUUAGGUAAUAACAAAAAAAACAAUGAUGGUAAUAGAAACGAAAUGAAACCAGAGGUGGUGGAACCAAGAUACGAUCAUUCUCCAAGAAACUAUCGUGACGGUCAUUAUCACAAUGGUCAUGAAGACAUUAGAACACAUGACAAUUAUGAUAUAAGAGACGGACGCUCUCAUGGUAAUCAAAAUCGUCAAGGUCCGGAAGUAAUGUCAUAUUACAUACCAGAAGGGGCAUCGGAUAAAGACCGAUCGAUACAGCCUGUAUAUUAUCCAACUAAACCAGCAGCACAAAGAAUGCGUUAUAAUGAUAAUAACGGUACCUCCAUGAUAGGUUAUUUAAAGCACUUCUUACUGGAGCAGCAGUUAUUUGCUUCGCCGGUUUUAAAUAAAAUGGCCCCACUUUUUUUUUUAAUGUUCCUUUACUACGUAAUAUCAGCUAUUAUAAGCAAUUUCCGUCAUAUUAUAGCGCUCUAUUUCCUGGCCAAAAUAGUGAAAUUGCACUAUAACAGUAAUAAUAAUUAA